CGCCUGCUGCAAUCUGCUGAUUCUGGUCCUCGUCGUCUGCUCGCAGCUCAUGAGCACUCGUCCGAACCGUGCACAGCGGACCAGCAUCCUGGAUUUUGUACCGCGCGCAGGUGGACGAAACUUUAAACAGAUACGCAGACUGAAAGAAGACGUGCUAUGGCGACGAGUAACUUGCAAGCGCUGUGGAACCACCCAACCGUCUCCGGCACAUUCGAAUGUCGGAAUCUCACAAGAGGGAAAUUUUCUGCCAAUUUCUCCAACGCUUCGAAACCGCUGCCCAGUUGCUGGACGCUAGUUAGGGCGGAGGCGACCACAUCUACCUCGUCUGCAAUCACGCAAGCUCGUGUGGCAGUGGGAGAAGAGCCCGUUCGUGGUUCAGCGCUUCAUUCCGUCACAGUCGUUGAUAGGCAACGAGGCGUUACCCACAAAUUUGAAGUUCCGGAGGAUCAGUACAUACUUCACACAGGAGAAGACCAAGACAUAGAUUUGCCCUUCUCUUGUAGGCACGGUUGCUGCACGGCAUGUGCAGUCCGCGUAAAAUCAGGACAGCUCUAUCAGCCUGAAGCUCUGGGUAUAUCUGCAGAGCUGAAGGAACAGGGAUAUGGACUACUCUGUGUUGGGUAUGCCCUGUCUGAUCUUGAAGUCGAAACCCAGGAUGAGGAUGAGGUUUACUGGCUGCAAUUUGGUCGAUAUUUCGCUCGAGGGCCAGUGGAAAGAGACGAUUUUGCCCUAGAGCUUGCUAUGGCAGAUGAGUAGUUUGUCUGCUCCAGAAGACCUUUCAUUGUAUGAAUGUCUUGAGCAAUGUUCAAUGAGCCUCUUCGAUACGAGCCUUUUCACCAACAUCGACGAAAGAAAGUGCUGCGGUAUCCUUACAGAAUCAGUAAACGAGUUUUAAAUUUUCAAGCGUACUGUAGAGUAAAUUGUAGAUGUAAAAUUUUGAUCUGCUUCCUUUAGCAAGAAAGCCUUCUGUUGGGAGCUGUGCAGCAGACGAGUAAGAGAAUUAACUUUAUGUAGCAAUCCAGACAACUCGAAGUAGGCGGACAUUGCUGUGCCUUUGCAGCGUUAUCGGAGUUCGGAAAAUUGGUACCACCGUAGGGAAGAUUGUAUCCUUGCACUUCUUUCUCGCACUCUAAGUAAAAGUGGAACCUAAAUGCCACCUUGCAAAUGG